AUGACCGUUACGACUCAAAAGCCCACCUGGGGCGAAGGAAAAGCGCCGUACACGCUAUUGAACCGAUUCUGUCUAUUUUCCACUCCCCAUGGACAAGAAUGGUGGAACAAGACCGGUCGACUGCUGUCCAAGAUCCUGGAAGCCGCCCACUACAGCCCGGAACGACAGUAUGAGGCACUGCUCUUCUACUCGCAGGUUCUUAUUCCGCGACUUGGUCCGUAUCCCGCGUCAUUCCGCAGUGCUAUUACUCGCAGUGGACUGCCCCUGGAAUUUAGCAUCAACUACCAGCAGAACUCAGCCGCCAGUCAUGUCGUGCGCAUUGGACUCGAGCCCGUGGCUGAGGCGUCCGGUACCCCCGAAGACCCCUACAAUCAGAAGCCCAUUAUUGAGCUACUGGAGACGCUGGAUAAGCUAAGUCCGCCUGGCUUCAACUCACGGUUGUUUCAUCACUUCUUGAAGGCGCACACCCUGAGUGAGCAGGAAAGCCAGGACCUCGGUGUCGAGGCAAGACCCGGAACCAUCCUGACAUCCCAGGCGGCGUUUGGUUUUGAUCUGCAGCCAGACACUGUCUCUGUCAAGGGUUAUACCUUCCCCGGGCUGAAGACGCAGGUGUCAAAGCAAGAUUUCGGCAGCAUCAUCAACAAGUCCCUGGUGCCGCUCAAGGAGUCUCUGGGACCAUUCCCUGCCUUUGACCUAGUGAACGAAUACAUGAAAGUAACAGACGGGUACAGCCAGUUUGCCUUCUGGUCCUUCGACUGUGCUGAAGAUUCCAAAGCCCGUCUGAAGCUUUACAGUGCCCACAACAGUGUUGUUUGGUCUAAGAUUGAGGAGAUUUGGACUCUGGGUGGCCGGGUCAACACGCCCGUGGUGCAAAAGGGACUGAGCUACCUGCGCGAACUCUGGCUUCUGACUGGCAUCAGCGAAGGUGACCGGGCAUUUACUGGUGGCUUUGAUGAUGGGAAGGAUGCCACGCCAACGCCAAUGGUGUGGAACUAUGAAAUGAGAGUCGGCGAGUCAUGGCCCUUGACCAAGUUCUACUUCCCUGUUCAUGGUGAGAGCGAUGAACGUAUCAUCCGGGGAUUGGCAAAAUUCUUGGUUCACAUUGGCCUCGUGGAUGAUGGUAAUAAUCUGGAGCGUGUUAUCCAAGAUUUCUUCCCCAACCUGGAAUUGAGUAAGACUUCCCGAUUGACCUCGUGGAUUUCAUUCGCAUACACGGAGAGGACAGGAGUGUAUCUGAGUGUGUACUACCACUCCUCAGAAGACUAUCCGUGGUCGGAGGAGCUGAAGGCAUGA